AUGCAUCGAAGCAUUAUCUGUACAUUUUGUACUAUGUUAAUCGUUAUACGGCAUGUCGCGGGUUUGGGCAUGACGCUAAAGCCGAAUGAGAAGGAGUGCUUGAAAGAUGAGAUGCACAAGAAUGAGGUGGUAACAGGAGAAUACACAUUCAGCGCCGCCAAUGGUCAGAAGAAUGAAAUCAUCGUGUCGGACACGAGAGGCCAUAUUCUUUUCAAGCGAGAGGACUUCACUGAUGAACACGGCAAAUUCGCGUUUAGCGCCGAUGAUUACGACGUUUUCGAAAUCUGCGUCGCGUCCAGACUGCCUGUCGGGGUGCACGCCACUAACCGAGAAGUGUUCCUCACCUUGAAACAUGGAGUGGAGGCGAAAAACUAUGAAGAGUUAGCAAAGGUUGAAAAACUGAAGCCGCUUGAAAUGGAAUUAAAGCGUUUGGAAGACCUAACUGAAAGUAUUGUGCAGGACUUUGCGUACAUGCGCAAAAGGGAAGAGGAAAUGCGCACUACCAACGAAUCUACAAAUUCUCGGGUACUGUAUCUCAGCGUUUUUUCAAUGAUGUGUUUGCUGUCGUUGGCCACCUGGCAGGUGUUGUAUCUGCAACGGUACUUUAAAGCCAAGAAGUUGAUCGACUAG